AUGAGUCCACUCUGGAGGCUCCUCGUCCUCCUCGGAGUGCUGGCCUGGCCCUUGGCACUGCAGGAGCAGCCUCGGGCUGGCCUGGCCACAGCCCACACAGACAGCAAAUCCACCCUGGCCAGAAUUAUUGCCCAGGGCCUCAUGAAACACGACGCAGAGGGCCGAAUCCAGAACAUCCACCUCAUGGACAGUCUGAAUGUCUCGGGGAAGAUGGCCCCGGGGAUGGUGGGCUGGCUGAUCGGUGGCAUGAACAUCCAGCAACAGCAAGAGAUCAGUAUCAACAUCACCAAUGUUCAGCUGGACUGUGGCGGGAUCCAGAUUUCUUUCCAUAAAGAGUGGUUCCUGGCGAACAUCUCACUUGAAUUCGACAUCGACUUGAGACUGUCCUUCAGCGACAACAUCAUGAAGACGCACGAACACAUGAGCCUCACGGUGGAGUUCUGGCUGGAGAAGGACGAGUUUGGCCGGAGGGACCUGGUGAUGGGCCAGUGCCUCGUGGAGCCCAGCAGCGUCCGCACGACAGUCCUGACCGAGGCUAUCCCACCCAAGAUGAAACACUUCCUCCACAACCUCAAAGAUAACCUGGAAAAAAUCAUCCCGCACCUGGUGGAAAGUCAGGUAUGUCCUCUGAUGGGCGAGAUCCUCAGACAGCUGGAUGUGAAACUGCUGAAGGGCCUCGUGGUUGACUGUCUGAAUAAGCCACUGCUCACCAACUUGACCAACGUGAAUGCAGGCAAGCCCAGGCUCCAGGGUCUUCCAGCUGCCUGCCAUCGACUGGAAGGAGACUCCACCUUGUGGGACCUGAAGUCCCCGUCAGCAUGGGGCUUCUGCUGCCCCUAG